AUGGCCACGGAGGUGCUUUCAAAGGGCUCUACACAGCCAGAACUGGGCACAUUUGACGCGCCGACGUUCAUCACGACGUGGAACUGCCCUUAUGCUCAGCGCACCUGGAUUGCCCUGAACGAGAAGGGGGUCAAGUACAACCGCGUUUUUGUAGACCUCAAGGAGAAGCCUGAGUGGUUCUUCCCCCUCAACCCCUAUGGCCGCGUGCCCACCCUGGCCUGGAAGGACGGCCGCGGCACGCACAGCCUGUACGAGAGCCUGAUCUGCAACGAGUUUGUGGAGGACGCGUUUGAGGGCCCCAGCCUGCUGCCGGAGGACCCAGUGCAGCGCGCGCAGGUCAGGCUGCUUAUUGACCAGUUCGGGGCCAAGGUCGGGCCGGCGUUUGGGAAGGCGAUUUUUGCUUCAGAGGAUGAGGCGCCCGCGGCCGGCAAAGCCCUCGGGGAGGCGCUGACGUGGCUGGACUCCGCCCUCGACCCCACCGGCCCCUACGCCGCCGGCGCGAACUUCACGCUCGCCGACGCGGCGCUGACGCCGUUCGUCAUCCGCGUGUCGCUGCUCCAGGGCCUGAUCGGUUACAAGGUGCCCGAGGGGCUGGACAGGGUCAAGGCGUGGCAGGCUGUAGUGCUUGACCGGCAGAGCGUGAAGGACAGCAUCGUACCGCCGGACCCCAGCAAGGGAUGGGAGGAGCAGCUGCUCGAGUCGUACCGCGCGUACCUGGCGUCCCGCAGGGCGGCAUGA